UCAGAAAAAAGCGAGCGGAGGAGGAGGAGGUGGUGGUAUUAAAGUGUAAUGAGUAGAAGCUGGGUCGUUUUCAGUAGUGAAAAGUUGUUUUUUGUUAACUACUGUUGCCUGAGUUUACACGAAUUACACAAAGCUGGGAGAAAUGUAGGGACUUGUUGACUGCCGGAGUCGUUGCUUCACGAUGGAGGAACCUGCGACCAGUACCCUCCACAGAGAGUUUGAAAUGUCGCUGUCGGACGGCGGCUCGGACGACGAUAUGCCCUUAACGUUACCCACAGAGGGAAGCCACAGUGGGAGCAUCCGAAAGGGAUGUGAUCCUUUCGCCCAGACUCAGCGCAGUAAACUGCAGCACAGACGAGCUCGCAUCAACCAGCAGAUCAACAAGGAGAUGCGCAUGAGAGCCGGAGCAGAGAACCUGUUCAGGGCGACGACCAACAACAAGGUGAAGGAGACUGUUGCUCUGGAGCUCAGCUUCGUCAACUCCAACCUGCAGCUGCUGAAAGAGGAACUGGAGGAGCUCAACAGCAACAUGGAGGUCUACCAGACAGACUGCGAGGCUGUCAACGUUCCCAUGAUCCCACUCGGCUUAAAAGAAACCAAAGAGGUGGACUUCACUGUUUCUAUCCAGGACUUCAUCUGUGAGCACUACGGAGAGGACAGCUCUCUAUAUGACAAGGAGAUCAAGGAGCUUAUGGAGCUCAGACAGGCCAUGCGAACACCCAGUCGUAACCAGGCCGGUCUGGAGCUGCUGAUGGAGUACUACAACCAGCUGUACUACCUGGACCAGCGCUUCUUUCCCCCACACAGGAACCUUGGUGUUCACUUUCACUGGUACGACUCUCUGACGGGCGUCCCGUCGUGUCAGCGCGCGCUGGCCUUUGAGAAGGGAAGCGUGCUGUUCAACAUCGGUGCUCUGUACACACAGAUCGGAGCACGGCAGGACCGCUCUGCAACAGCAGGCAUAGACCGAGCCAUAGAUGCCUUUCAGCGAGCUGCAGGUGCAUUUAAUUACCUAAAGGAGAAUUUCUCCAAUGCUCCAAGUCUGGACAUGAGCGGCCCGUCGCUCUGCAUGCUGGUCCGGCUGAUGGUCGCCCAAGUGCAGGAGUGUGUCUUUGAGCGUGUCACACUCACAACGCAGGACACACACUUCACCUCCCAACUCCGCCUGGCACAAGAGGCUGCACGGGUGUCGGAUGUUUACCUGUUGGUGCAGCAGACCAUGACGCAGCCUCUGAUGAAGGACUACGUGCCGUUUUCGUGGGCGUCCAUGGUUCAGGUCAAAGCUGAACACUUCCGCGCUCUCUCACACUACUACACUGCUGCUGCACUCUGCGACCACAUGUCGUCUGCUGAAGAGGAGGAGGCAGAGAAGGCUUUCCUCCAGUUCUAUGUCAGCACUCCUGCAGGGCCUUCACUCAGCCUGGUUCUGCAAGACCCUGAAAAAAGGACGAAAACAGGUAAAGCUCACCUGCGGCGUGCAGUGAUUAGACACGAGGAGGCCAUGCGUGUCCACGGUCUAUGUAAGAUCCUGAGGAAGAUGGACAUCCUACAGGACGUGCUGUCUCUCACACACAAACGCUCCUUGGACAAGUACUCAGAGCUGGACCGAGAGGAUGACUUUGAUGAAACCGCAGAGGCUCCAGAGAUCCAGUCUCAAACUCAUCAGAAACCAGACAUCACUCCACCCAACUUCUCUACAGUCCAAGUUGCUGAUAUCUUCCAAAGACUGGGGCCUUUGUCAGUGUUUUGUGCGCGGGCUCGUUGGGGCCCGGUGCGAGUGAUCUGCCUGCAGAGGAGAGAGGGGGGACUGGGCCUCACACUUAGAGGAGACUCCCCCGUCCUGGUGGCGGGAGUGGUACCUGGAGGCUGUGCAGCCGAGGCAGGACUAAGGGAAGGAGACUACAUAGUAGCAGUGGACGGACAGGACUGUAAAUGGGCCAAACAUGGAGAGGUUGUCCAGAUGCUGAAGAGCUGCAGCGACAGAGGAGUGGAGCUCAGUGUGGUCACAUUACACUCACAUGAUACACAGCAGGUGGAGAGAAGGGCCAUCAUGCUUUCCCACUGCAGCGACAAAGAAAACACUCGGCAGCGUCUGCUGGGCGGGGCUAAGGGCCAGAGCUCCGCCUCCCUGCUGAACUGGAACAGAAAGAAAAAGAGGGAAGGCACCAAGAGACUAGGAAGCACUUUCAGUUUGUCGUUUGGAAGCAUCAGAGACGCUGAAGCCAUGUACUGAGACAUGACAACAGAGGAACCACUCAGGGAAUCACAGCAGUGGAGCACAUGGUACGAAAAAAGCUGCAGACAGACUGCACCAAAUUACACAACCUGCACAAGCACAAGUUUAUUCCACUGAAAAUGUUAUUUCUGGCUCAUAUUUCAAAUUCGUACCAGAUAGAAUACUUUGUAGCAUGUAGCUUUUUGCAAGAAUAAAGAGGGUGGAGCUUAUUGCUGCCACUCAGGACAAACUGUGGUACACAAUGUGUUAGUACAGGAUGUGGGGAAAAUGCAAGUGGGCAUGAGCAGGUGCAAAUUUAGCCAGUGUGGCUCAAACUGAGGCUAAAAGAGGUUUGUGUGAGUCGAAGUACGAGUUGUGCUGCGCUGCCUUGCCCCAUUUCCAUCACCCUUCUCUGCUUGUAUCAUAAUUUGAGGGUGAGCAGCUAAGAACAAAAAGUGUAGCGAUUAGACCAACAAAGUGCAAGGCGGCUCAGGGUCUUCUCAAGCAGUGACCUGAAUCAUCAGUGUUUUGAGGUCAGCCCUAGAAUUAACAGAAAGAACCAGAGUGAUAGAGUUUAGUCGGACACACAAACAUUUUCAGAAACUUUUAGCAAAAUAAAAACAUGAACAAAAACAGUCAUCGUUGUGAAUAACAUAAGGCGAAAGUUUGCUUAGUCUUAAACUCUCCCCAGUUCAUUUCACUGAUCGUGUGUAGCAACAUGCCCACACCUGCACAACCCCUUUGUCAGAUCUAUUGUUGUCGACUUCUCUGUGAGGCAGGGAGCAGCCAACAGUCAGAGUAUUUGAUCCCAGCAUUAAGUCUUAAGGAUGCUUACAGCAUGAAUGUUGAAUGUUGAGGUCUGACAGGUCCACAUCUUAAAAAAAAAACGACUGAGCCUUAACCACUUACACAAAACCAGGUGUUGUAUGAUGCAAACGCACCUACUUGCAGACCCAGUGACGCUGGAUAUACCAUUGUCUUAUUUCUAGCAUAACUGAUUUAGGAAAACAUUCAUUUUAUCACUGUAACAGCACAAUAAUAUGCCUUCACUGACACAAUGUUAGACAACCCAGCUGGAAUAAUUUGUUGUGGAAAUGAUGGAAAAAAUGAAAGCUCCGUUACUCAACUUUACAUAAAAGUAUGUAUUGUAGCAUUAAUAUAACUGGUGUAAAAGGAACUGAGAGGGCAAAGCAGAAUUAACAAACAAGUAGCAUAUUUCUUGUGUUUCAUAUUAUCCCUAAGAGAUUACAGAAUACUGUAACUGCCUCCCGUGUUUAACCACUGAAGUGCUCCAGAAACCAUCUUAAACUUUUUGAUGGAUUCACCCACUGAUACUUUACUAAAAGUAUGAUAUUGGACUUCAUUCUCAGAUCAAUAUUCUUGGAAAAAUAUCUAUAUGUUUUUAGUUGUGUCAUUAUCAAAAGCACUUCAGAAGUUCUGAUCUAAUGUUUUGUAAUUUUGGGUUUUUAAUACAGUGUGAAUAUUGAACAGGAAAAAUCUUGUUAAUUAUGUACAAGGGGUGAUUGAUAAGUUUGUUGCCUAAGAGUAGAAGGAGAUGAAUUCUACUUUAGUCCACAAACUAAUCAAUCACUGGUCGUAGUUCUGACCUGAUAUUGCAAUAAUGAACAUGAAACACACUGACAGGUUGUGUGUAUUUGAAAUAAAAUGUGAUACUGAGAGAUUGUGCAGGAAAAACGUGACAUGAUGUGAUCGUCCAGAUGUAUUUUCUGAGGAGUUUUAUGUUGUCUUGUAUCUAUUGUGUUCUUCAUGUCCAGCCACUGUACUGUAUGUUACAGUCAGCCAAUAUUAUUAUCUGUAGAUGAGGAUGUUAGUGGAAAAAUGUUUCUUUUGGUUAACAUUGUUUGAACUUUUUGUAAGUUUUUGAUACAACUAGAAUUGUGAAAACUGUAGCACGUUAUUGUACAUGUAAAUGCUGUGUGUUUUUGUUCUGUCUGUGCAAUGCUUGUGCCACAGUGGUCCAUAGGCACGAGUACAGAAAGCCAGGGAGGUGACGAACAGGAUUUCUCUGCAAAGCAGCAGAAUCUUUUGAAAACUUCUGAUUUGAAAGAAUUCAUCAGUUCAAGUUAUGAUCAUGUCUUUCUUCAGGUAAAAAGACAAAGCAACUUCAAUCUUUGUGGCUUUCUGUACUUGGGUGUUAUGUCUCUACUCUGUAUGUCUGUGAAACUGAGUAAAUGUUUGGCAACGCUGUUAGGAACAAAA